AUGCGUUGGGGCCAGACUCGGAGGAACCUGCGGAAGCACAGAUCUCCCGGCUACUCAGGGGGGAUUGCCACUCAGCAAGCCAACACGGCGCGCAAGCCAGCCGUCGCAGCAGCUCGCGAGGUCUCGCAAGGGCCUGAUCAGGUCGGACGAGCAGGUAACCGCGAGAGACGCGCCCCUGUCAGCCGCGGCGACACAGCGGCGGCGUCAACACCCUCGCCGCUGAUUACCUGCCACCUCGAGGCGGGCGACCCGGCGAGACGCGCCCCUGUUAGCCGCGGUAUAAAACCCCGCGGGCGAUCCGCCGAGGUCGUCACUCGACGAGCAUCUCCCGACGAACAAGUGUCCAGGUCUGCCGCAGAGAUGCACCCAAGUCACUGCGCACUGCUGUUAGUGCUGCUGGUCUCGGCGGCUGCUGGCACUCGCAACCCGUCCAACGUGCGACUCCAGGCCUGCGGACCCAACCUCACGCAACUCCUGAGCACAGUUUGCGGCGGCAACUACUACCGACCAAACAAGAAGUCGCAGGAAGGCUCGCCGGCCGACGACGGCUCCUUGCUGUGGUCGCUGAUCGGCGCCCAGGACUCCGAGGACCGCCUCAUACAGCCGUUCCCUCGAGGUCCUCUCCGCAGGGUGACCCGCCAGGUCGGCGGAGUGGCCAGCGAGUGCUGCUACAAGUCGUGCACUCUGCGGGAGCUCUCCGAGUACUGCGCCGACUAAUGCCUCGCUCUAAUGGGACUCUGCUUGAGCUUUACAAGUACUGCGCCAACUAAUGCCUCACUCUAAUGGGACUCUGCUUGAGCUUUACAAGUACUGCGCCGACUAAUGCCUCACUCUAAUGGGACACUUAUUGAGCUUUACAAGUACUGCGAUGACUAAUGCCUCACUCUAAUGGGACUCUGCUUGAGCUUUACAAGUACUGCGCCGACUAAUGCCUCACUCUAAUGGGACUCUGCUUGAGCUUUACAAGUACUGCACUGACUAAUGCCUCACUCUAAUGGGACUCUGCUUGAGCUUUACAAGUACUGCGCCGACUAAUGCCUCACUCUAAUGGGACUCUGAUUGAGCUUUACAAGUACUGCGCUGACUAAUGCCUCACUCUAAUGGGACUCUUCUUGAGCUUUACAAGUACUGCGCCGACUAAUGCCUCACUCUAAUGGGACUCUGAUUGAGCUUUACAAGUACUGCACUGACUAAUGCCUCACUCUAAUGGGACUCUGCUUGAACUUUACAAGUACUGCGCCGACUAAUGCCUCACUCUAAUGGGACUCUGCUUGAGCUUUACAAGUACUGCGCCGACUAAUGCCUCACUCUAAUAGGACUCUGAUUGAGCUUUACAAGUACUGCGCCGACUAAUGCCUCACUCUAAUGGGACUCUGAUUGAGCUUUACAAGUACUGCACUGACUAAUGCCUCACUCUAAUGGGACUCUUCUUGAGCUUUACAAGUACUGCGCCGACUAAUGCCUCACUCUAAUGGGACUCUGAUUGAGCUUUACAAGUACUGCACUGACUAAUGCCUCACUCUAAUGGGACUCUGCUUGAACUUUACAAGUACUGCGCCGACUAAUGCCUCACUCUAAUGGGACUCUGCUUGAGCUUUACAAGUACUGCGCCGACUAAUGCCUCACUCUAAUAGGACUCUGAUUGAGCUUUACAAGUACUGCGCUGACUAAUGCCUCGCUCUAAUGGGACUCUUCUUGAGCUUUACAAGUACUGCGCCGACUAAUGCCUCACUCUAAUGGGACACUUAUUGAGCUUUACAAGUACUGCGAUGACUAAUGCCUCACUCUAAUGGGACUCUGCUUGAGCUUUACAAGUACUGCGCCGACUAAUGCCUCACUCUAAUGGGACUCUGCUUGAGCUUUACAAGUACUGCACUGACUAAUGCCUCACUCUAAUGGGACUCUUCUUGAGCUUUUUAAGUAAUGCACUGUAAAGUUACAAAGAAUUAUUUUAAGAUGCAACAAACAAUAGACAAUUAUUUUUAUGAAAAUAAUUUGAACCUUACCUUUCUAUUUAGGCCCAACAAAAUAAGGUUAAUGUUCUGUAAUUUAAUUCAUUAAUUCGUAGUCUUGAUUAUUUUUAACUUUAAAUGUAAUUGGCUGUCAAUAACUGGUAGAUUAUUACUACUUAAAAAAUUUUCUUAUAUUGAAAAUCCUUAUUUGGUGAAAAUUAUUGUAAUCCACCAGAUUAAGUCAUGAUUCAGCAAAACUCGUUUCAAGCAUAUUAAAUUAUUCUUAUACAAAAAA